AUGACAUUCAAUUUGAGGACUAAUCUUUUUGGCAUGAUUGUGUUACCUGAACCCUGUUGGGAAACUGCAAGACUAACAACAAUCCAAGAUUCUCUCGCUGUGCUUUCUACUAAAGAUGGUGAAACUUGGACGUGGGUGAGAAGAGACGCUUCAUGGUCUGUUGCUUUCAAAACUAAAAUAGGACAAGAUUUGGGAGGGGCACAAUCAAAGUUGGUGGACUUUAAUGGCACUUUUGGUAUAGUUGGAAUGGAAAUGUGUGCCCAAAGCAUUCAAUUGUUAGGCAUGAGCACUUCUUAUGAGGAAAAACAACCAUCUUUUCUUGAAGGAAUAAAGACAGGCGAAAUAACUCAGCUUCAUUAA